AUCGCUACGCCCACUUGCCGGCCUAUAAAGGAAGCAGGCGAGUCUUGGCAGCAACACACACCUUGGCGCCUCUGUCUUCCUCUGGAGCCCUCUCACUCGGUGCCUGCCACUCGUUGCUACCAUGACCACCACCAUCCGCCAGUUCACCUCCUCCAGCUCCAUCAAGGGCUCCUCUGGCCUGGGGGGUGGCUCGUCCCGCACCUCUUGCCGGCUGUCUGGUAGCCUGGGAGGAGGCUCCUGCAGGCUAGGGUCUGCCAGUGGCCUGGGAAGUGCCCUUGGGGGUAGCAGCUAUUCUAGCUGCUACAGCUUUGGUUCUGGCAGUGGCUAUGGAAGCAGCUUUGGGGGAGUUGAUGGGCUGCUGGCUGGAGGUGAGAAGGCCACCAUGCAGAACCUCAACGACCGCCUGGCCUCCUACCUGGACAAGGUACGCGCCCUGGAGGAGGCGAACACAGAGUUGGAGGUGAAGAUCCGAGACUGGUACCAGAAGCAGGCCCCAGGGCCGGCCCGAGAUUACAGCCACUACUACCAGGCCAUCGAAGACCUGAAGAACAAGAUCCUUGUGGCUACUGUGGACAACGCCAGCAUCCUGCUGCAGAUCGACAAUGCCCGUCUGGCUGCUGAUGACUUCCGCACCAAGUUUGAGACGGAGCAGGCGCUGCGUAUGAGUGUGGAGGCCGACAUCAAUGGCCUGCGCAGGGUGCUGGACGAGCUGACCCUGGCCAGAGCUGACCUGGAGAUGCAGAUUGAGAAUCUCAAGGAGGAGCUGGCCUACCUGAAGAAGAACCACGAGGAGGAGAUGAGUUCCCUGCGAGGCCAGGUGGGCGGUGAGAUCAACGUGGAGAUGGACGCCGCCCCUGGUGUGGACUUGAGCCGCAUCCUGUCUGAGAUGCGAGACCAGUAUGAGAAGAUGGCAGAGAAGAACCGCAAGGAUGCUGAGGACUGGUUCUUCAGCAAGACAGAGGAGUUGAAUCGCGAGGUGGCCACCAACAGUGAGCUGGUGCAGAGUGGCAAGAGCGAGAUCUCUGAGCUCCGACGCACCAUGCAGGCCUUGGAGAUUGAGCUGCAGUCCCAGCUCAGCAUGAAAGCAUCUCUGGAAGGCAGCCUGGCGGAGACAGAGAACCGCUACUGUGUGCAGCUGUCCCAGAUCCAGGGGCUGAUUGGCAGUGUGGAGGAGCAGCUGGCACAGCUGCGCUGUGAGAUGGAGCAGCAGAACCAGGAGUACAAGAUCCUGCUGGAUGUGAAGACCCGGCUGGAGCAGGAGAUCGCCACCUACCGCCGCCUGCUGGAGGGCGAGGAUGCUCACCUGACUCAGUACAAGCCAAAAGAACCCGUGACCACCCGCCAAGUACGCACCAUUGUGGAAGAGGUCCAAGAUGGAAAGGUCAUUUCUUCCCGCGAGCAGGUCCACCAGACCACCCGCUGAGGCCUGGGAUUCUCCUGAUCUGGCCCCCUAGGUGGCAGGGAGGUGGACACCCCUCUGCCCUGCAGCCUUCAGUCCCUCCAGCCUCCACCUCCUGCUUCAGUCUCUUCCUCUCACUCUCGUCUGAUACCAAUAAAGCUUUUGACUCA